AUGCCUGGGCCGGAGGAGAUUGUUCUCCAAGAGCACCUGGAUGAGGAGAUCGUCCUGGCUGGAGCACCUGGACGAGGAGAUCGUCCUGGGUCGGAGCACCUGGGGGAGAAGAUCGGCCUCCACGAGCUCCUGGCCGAGGAGCUGCCUGGCUUGGAGGUGCAGGGGACGGAGGAGGAGCUGCUGCGGCCGGAGGAGCUGCUGCCGGGGCCGGAGCUAGAGCGCCUGGACGAGGAGAUCGUUCUCCAGGAACACCUGAGGGAGGAGAUCGGCGUCCACGAACAUCUGGGCGAGGAGUUUCCUGGGCCGAAGGUGGAGCUGCUGGUGCCGGAGCCCGGAGGUGCGGAUGGCGGAGGGCGGAGGGCGGAUGCGGAUGACGGAGGGAGAUCGAGGAGGGAGAUGAGAUCUGGGAAGGGUACCGAUUCAAAAUGUGGAGGGGUAGCGUUGUCUUUUUUACGUUUUUCACCUGGUCGGAACCAAUCGGUAAACGUCUUACAUUUCCGCACGGAGGGAGUAGAAAACAAUAUCCAAAAGCAACACCGCAUGGGUCCCAGUAGGCAGGCCAAUACCAGAACCGGAAGCCUUGAAGAAACCGUCCCCACAGUGGGACCCGAAGUCGAGCCCAACCAGAUCCCCUCAAAGUCCAACUCCAAACGCCACGCCAAGCUCCGUCCUCAAAGCUCUCCCAGCGACCGGCGACUCAACUCCGCGUCCACGGCACCUUCCCCCACCGCGCAAGCCUCCUCGGCGACGAACGAAAGUAAAAAAAUCUCAAUCGGCGGGCCGGGAGGGGAGGGAAACCAACCGCCGCCGCCGGCGAUGGCCCCGCGGAGGGGCGCCAGCCCCCUCCCGUGCCUCCCGGUCCUCCUGCUGCUCGUGCUGGCCACGGGGCUGCCGCGGGGCGGGGCGAUGGGGCUGAAGCUGCCCUUCAGCCCGGGGGACGUGCUCCCGAUCCUGCCGCGGCAGGUGGCGUGGCCCGUCAUGAACACGCUCCACAGCGCCGUCGACCUCCUGCCCUCCUUCGUCGCCGCCGUCGCCCCGGGCGACCCCGCCCCCGCGGCCUGGAACGGCUCCUGCUUCGCCGUCAACGAGGCCGCCAUCCAGCUCACGCCGGGGGACCGCAACGGGACCCAGAUUGGCGGCGCCGUGCUACGCCUCAAGACUGCUUCUGCUCAGAGCUGGACAUGCAUGGACCUUUAUGUGUUUGCAACACCAUAUAGGAUAACAUGGGACUACUACUUUGCGGCCCGUGACCACACUUUGGAGAUAACGUCAUGGGAAGAAGAAGCCGAACUGGAAUAUGUUAAGCAGCAUGGCAUCUCUGUUUUUCUCAUGCCAUCUGGGAUGCUUGGGACUUUGUUAUCUUUGAUUGAUGUCCUGCCUUUGUUUUCAAACACUGGCUGGGGGCAAAAUUCCAAUUUGGCCUUUUUAGAGAAGCAUAUGGGAGCUACAUUUGAGAAACGCUCUCAGCCUUGGGUUGCUAAUAUUAGAAAGGAGGAUAUACAAUCUGGGGACUUUUUGGCUCUGUCAAAGAUUAGAGGACGAUGGGGUGGGUUUGAGACAUUAGAGAAAUGGGUAACUGGUGCAUUUGCUGGUCAUACUGCUGUCUGCCUGAAAGAUGACAAGGGUGAACUCUGGGUUGCAGAAUCAGGCUUUGAGAAUGAAAAGGGAGAAGAAAUUAUUGCUAUAGUUCCUUGGGAUGAGUGGUGGGAAAUGGCACUCAAGGAUGGAUCAAAUCCUCAGAUAGCCCUUUUGCCAUUGCACCCUGAUAUACGUUCUAGAUUCAAUGAAAGUGCUGCAUGGGAUUUUGCCCGGAGCAUGGCUGGAAAGCCCUAUGGCUAUCAUAACAUGAUAUUUAGCUGGAUUGAUACUAUAGGCGACAAUUAUCCACCUCCCCUUGAUGCUAAUCUGGUAAUGGCUGUUAUGUCAAUGUGGACUAGAUUACAACCACUUUAUGCUGCGAACAUGUGGAAUGAAGCUCUUAACAAACGACUUGGGACUGAGGGUUUGGACCUCAAGGGUAUCAUUGUUGAGGCUGAAAGUCGUGGCAUGUCUUUUGAUCAACUGCUUACCAUCCCUGAGCAAGAUGAAUGGGUAUACAGUGAUGGCAAAUCAACCACUUGUGUUUCCUUCAUUCUUGCAAUGUACAAAGAGGCUGGAGUGUUUGCUCCUUUCACAGAGUCGAUUCAGGUCACCGAGUUUACUAUACGGGAUGCAUACAUGCUCAAGAUUUUCGAGGACAACCAUGUGAAUCUUCCGAGCUGGUGCCAUGCUGAGGCAGAUAAGCCUCCCUUCUGCCAGAUACUCGGGGAGUACAAGAUGGAGCUACCCGAAUACAACUCGAUAGAGCCGUAUGCGAAAAUGAACGAGAACUGCCCAUCAUUACCACCGACAUACAAGCGGCCAUCACGCUGCUGACAUGAAACAACAUAUAUAAGCUGAUGCUGCUGUUCCGGAAGUAAAUUGUUGUCUAAGUUAUGUAAAUGAAGGACGCUGUAUAUAGUUGUUUGGUAGAUGGCUGUUUCCACACGGGUAACAGAGAGCAGCGCGCAGUUUCCUGCCAGUUAGUGAAGCAGUUCUUAACCCAUGCUUCCAAUGUGAAUCUGGCUUCGAGGAUUUGCUCGCAUAGAUAGAACUUUGGAACAUAGCUAUGAAAACUUGAUGUUGAUAACUUAUCUUUGCUUCAUGAAUUGUAUGUCCCUGAAAUAAAAUCCAUGUGUUCUUC